AUGGAGUGCAUGCAUGAAAGGAGGCUAGUGGGUCAGAAAUGGUCUGGAUACUUAUGCCCGGAAGUGGAGAUGGUGUUGUGUGAUAAUAUUCAGCAUGGUAGCUACUUGGCGAUUAAAUAUUCGACGGAAGAUAUUGUGGAGGUCGAGUCCAAUAAAACUUGCCGUGUAGAUUUGAAGAAUCGGGCAUGUUCUUACAGGUCUUGGGACAUCACCCGCAUUCCUUGCAAACAUGCGUACGCUGCAAUUACAUGGAUGGGACAAGAAAUUUAUCAAUAUUAUGAUUGCUAUAUGACUAUUGACACAUUCAGAGCAAGUUAUGCACCGAUCAUCUUUCUCAUCCCGGAUUACGGGAAGCACUUUGUACCACCAGAAGAGCAAGUGUUAAAGCCUUCUCCCACCAAAAAAGACGUGACAGACCAUGCACUAGAUGAAUAA